AGUCACAGCCCCCACAAGCUCUUCCUGCCUGUCAGAUGCCUCAUUCCCACCUGUGAUGCUCAGAGAGAAACCAUGAGCCCUGAAAAACACCAUAUUGUUUUGUGAUGUCACCUCUGGAAUGUUCUGAGUGUUUUGGUGACCAACUUCUGCAUAGGACCUAUACCUGGCAACUCACAUUGCACUCAAAUUAUACAAGAAAAAGAGAUACCAGAUCUGAAAGCCUAGAAAUUCCAAUCAAUGUGGUUCUACCUCAGAGUCACCUAAGUCCUCAUUGGAAGACCAGGGCCAUGCAACCAGAGGGGUUGAAAUGUAGGAUGGAGGAAUCCAAUGCAGAGAGGGGCACAGCCGAACCCUUCCCGAGGCUCCACAACUUGUACAGCACCCCUCGCGUCGCGCAGCAGGCCGCCCUGCCCCGGCUGAGCCACAGGAUGGCGAGCCAGCACUCCUACCCGCUGAACCGCUUCUCCUCCGUGCCUUUAGACCCCAUGGAGCGCCCCAUGUCCCAGGCCGACCUGGAGUUGGACUACAACCCGCCGCGGGUGCAGCUCAGCGACGAGAUGUUCGUGUUCCAGGACGGGCGCUGGGUAAAUGAGAACUGCCGCCUGCAGUCUCCCUACUUCUCCCCAUCCGCCUCCUUCCACCACAAGCCGCACCACAAGAGGCUGGCCAAGGAGUGCGUGCUGCAGGAGAACAAGUCUCUGCGGGAGGAGAACAAGGCCCUGCGCGAGGAGAACAGGAUGCUCCGCAAGGAGAACAAGAUCCUGCAGGUCUUCUGGGAGGAGCACAAGGCCUCGCUGGGCCGGGAGGAGAGCCGGGCCCCCUCGCCACUGCUGCACAAGGACAGCGCGUCCCUGGAGGUGGUGAAGAAGGACCACGUCGCCCUGCAGGUGCCCCGUGGCAAGGAGGACAGCACCCUGCAGCUCCUCCGGGAGGAGAAUCGCGCGCUGCAGCAGCUGCUGGAGCAGAAACAGGCCUACUGGGCCCAGGCAGAGGACACGGCCGCCCCUGCCGAGGAAAGGAAGCCCGCCCCCUCGCCCCACGAGGAGCCCUGCAGCCCCGGGCUGCUGCAGGACCAGGGCUCCGGCCUCUCCUCCCGCUUCGAGGAGCCCAAAGGGCCCCCGGCCCGGCAGGAGGACUCCAAGGAGCUGCACGCCCUGCGGGAGAUGGUCAGCAACAUGUCCGGGCCCUCCGGGGAGGAGGAGGCCGAGGUGGGCCCGGGCCUGCCCGACGGCUGCCAGCCCCUGCAGCUGCUGAGAGAGAUGAGGCAGGCGCUGCAGGCCCUGCUCAAGGAGAACCGGCUCCUGCAGGAGGAGAACAGGACCCUGCAGGUGCUACGGGCAGAGCACAGGGGCUUCCAGGAGGAGAACAAGGCCCUGUGGGAGAACAACAAGCUGAAGCUGCAGCAGAAGCUGGUCAUUGACACCGUGACCGAGGUCACCGCGCGCAUGGAGAUGCUCAUCGAGGAGCUCUACGCCUUCAUGCCGGCCAGGAGCCAGGACCCCAAGAAGCCUAGCAGGGUCUGAGGCCUCGGCCUUGCACCGGGACGCCGAGUUUGGGACACCGAACACUGGGCAAAAGAGAAUCCCCUGCCUUCCUUUGUCGUCCUCGCCUUCCCCAACCAGUUCGUACCUAUUGAAAAGCAGCGUUAGCAGCCUUCCUAAACUCAGAGUUUUAAUAAAGGUGUGAGGAGGCUGGGGCCAGCAGACACCA